UGAACAUACAGUAUAAAACACUCAAUUCAGUGACCAAAAACACACAGAAGAAAGACACCGAAGGCAGAGACAUUUUUUGAAAGCACAUAACAAUGAGACUCUACAUUCUUUAUGCUGUUCUGGUUUUAGCUGUGCUUCAGUACAGCCGAAGUGCUGGUGCCACUAAAGUGAAAUUUGGCACCAUCUGUAGUGGCAACCCAAGUAACCAAAGAAGAAGAUGUGAUGAUUAUGGCUGUGGAGCCUUUGGGGCCAGUCGGAAGGGAAAAGAUGGUGUCAAACGAGAACAUGCUGGUCUUGACAUUGUGUGUAAAGAUGGAUCUACGAUUUUUGCACCAUUUGAUGUGACGCUGAGUGGCAAAGCUGUUCCGUACAGAAUAAACAAUGCUAUCAAUGAUGGCAUAACCCUGAAAGGAGAAGGUCUGUGCUUCAAGCUCUUCUACGUUAAGCCAGACCGUUACUCUGGCGCUACUCUGAAGAAGGGAAAGAAGAUUGGAAUUCUGCUCCCAAUGCAAAAGGUUUACCCUAAAAUCACAUCCCAUGUUCAUGUGCAGAUGUGUGACAAAUCUGAUCCCACCAAAUACUUCUAAUAUCCUGGAGCUGAAGAAGACCUGCAAUUACUCAAGGUCUCUCUGAGGCCUUUUUUAUUAAAUUAAAGGAAUAAAUAAAUAAAUAUUAAGCAUUACUUUUGCUAACAAUUCACUAUAUAUAAUUGC